AUUAGUCUUUGUAUUCUUGAACAAGAAAGUUGUCCUAAGAUGAAAGGAGUGAAUAAAUCUGAGAAUGGUAAACCUUUCGAAAGAGAAGUUAAUAUCAACUUAAGUUUUGAUAAAAGUCAAUUACUUUGCGAAAUGUGCGGCGGCACGUGGGUGAACAGAAACCCACGUUGUCUACCUUGCAAUGCUUUGCACGCCUUCUGUUCUGAGUGCCUCGACAGCUUUGCAACUUCUCAUUGUCUGCAGCCAGGGUCAAAGUUUUCAUGUCUCAUUUGCAAAACGAAACACUUUUGGCCCGAAAAUGGAGUUCAGUCGUUUGUUCAAUUAGAACCUCUAAUUAACCCUUCCAAUAGCAACUUUAUGAAUAUGCAAAUUCCAAGCGAACUAGACAAGAUAGCGGCUAGCGAAGGACAAGAAAUUAUCUCCCACGAUGAGAGUAAGGAAUUUCGAAGAAUUAUCCUAGAUGCUAUUGAAAGAAUUAAGGAAGACAAAAAGAGAGAAAUGGAUAAUCUGGAAAAUGAAAACCGAAAAUUUUGCCUAUUGGUUGAAAAUUAUGGGUGUUUUUUAAAGCAACAGCUGAAUAAGUUUUUCUCAAAUAAAGAAACCCAACUAAGAAAUCUGGAUGGCGAUAUAAAAACCUUUGAAAUUGUUAAGUUGAAAACUAGCUCUUUUUUAGAUCGUAGUAUAAAAGAGAUAAAGGAGGCGAUACUUGAUGAAAUGGACAGGAUUCUAACAGAAAAAGUACAAUUUGAAAGUGCAAUAAAAGAAAAUUCUUUUAAAUUUGGCGUCAAUAUCUUCUCAAGCAGUGAAUUAGCGGGACUUGAGAAGGUGGUUAAACAGGGAGAAGAAGUUGUUAGCAUAACUUCGACCAAGUUGAACUUCUUUCUCCUCACAAAAUUUUUGGCUAAACCGAAUGAACCGUGUACGUUUAGCCUACUAAGAGAGUGCGUUGAAAGUAAAAAAGUUGAACGACUUCUAAGUUGGCGAGUUAAUGAGAUUGAGGCAAAAACGUUCUACUUAACAGCGAAUAAUCAUGAAGUAUUUUUACUAUCAAUUGGACCGAAAACGCAUCUUUUAAAGUUGAAAGCUCUACCUAUUGGGUAUCAAUUGGAAGACGUCAAUUCGCUGGAAUCUUGGACAGAUUUUGUUUGUUACGAAAGUGGUGUAUUUCUCUAUCGCCAUGGUUUGAUUGGAAAGUACAACAACAACUUAACGAACCAAUGGUUUAAGAGAACACCACUUAAUCUACAAGUUGCAGAGAUGAAGUACGUAAACGGGUUGCUGUUUAUAGUUGAUAAGGCAAAUAGUUGCGUUUUUUGCGUAAACUCUGCAGAUGGUCGUUAUGAAAUUUAUAACUUGCAGUUGAUGCCCACAUGCUUUAAUUUAACGAGUCAGGCUUCAAAUUUCGUUUACGAGCCCUAUCUGUUCAUGGACAAUCAGGGAGCUUACAUUGUAAACAAACAAGAAAAAGUGAUUUACGUAUACGCUAUAUCACAAGAAUUCGAUAAACCGGAUGUUGUUCAUUAUCACAAGAAACCUGAUGAACGUGAAAUACUAUUCUACAUCGUUAAACAUAACAAAGCACUAACAAUUAAACAUUUCUUAUUUGAAGAAUAAUAGUUCAGUUGUAUAUUAUAUGAAUAGUCAAAACUCAAAAAUAUGUGUUUGAGAUUCUUAGUUGAAC